GGCGCCCCCCGGUGCUGGUUGUCUGUCCUGGCUGCAUGCAUCUGAACGGGGUUUAACUUCCCAGAGGUGCGUACAAUUCCUGUGGGAAUUGGGGGAGUGUGUGCUUUGAGAAAUACAUAUGGCAUGGCCGCGCUUUACCCCCUUGAAAAUAGAGGGAGGGAGCGGGCGAGUCGAUGGGUGGAAAAGAAAGCUGUGGAACAAAAGCAGACGAUGAAAACACAGAUCAAUGGAGAUCGAAUCGAACAUCCCGUGCAAAACAAUGCAAGACGGAUUUCAUAUAAACGCCACUCUGCCAGUUCCAACCGGUAUACCGGUGACUACUUCAAGAAGAAGCCAAGUAGAGCUCCCCCGGGGUAGUUGUUUUGUUGAUUCAGAAACCAAUAGCAUAAGGGGAAAUAAUAGGAAAAUAAAAAGACAAA